AUGGGCAGAAAGAACGGUGACACGGGCUACAAGGCAGCUCGGAAAAACGUCAAGAGCUCAGGACCGGCAGAUGCGGCACCUGCCCCUUCUUCGUCGGGGGGCAAAGCAAGUCAAGUCUCUGCAGAACUUCGUCAGGCCGUCAAGGAUCUUGGAGGAGAUGAAGAGGAUUUGAAACUUAUCGAGGGCAUCGAUGAGGAGGACGAUUUUGAAGUGAACAACAGCUCUAAGAGCCAAGGCAAGGAAGCAGCGGCAGACGAGAAGUCGCUACGGAAGGCGUUGGGCGAGUUCAUGAAAACUCUUGAUCUUCCGAAUGUCGCGCCAGUGUCCGAUACAGUUGCCGACAAGGACGAAGAUGACUCAGACGUCAAUGAGUCUGAUGACGAUGAUGUUGAGAGUGCAGAGGAGGAUGAGGACGAGGAGGAUGAUGAUGAUGAUGACGAGGAGGAAGAGGAAGACGCUGAAGACCUGCUAGAAAACGAAAUGGUGGCGCUCGCACCGAAUGCUCCCAGGGAGCGCAGAGUCAGCGAGCCCAAAAUGGCAGCGCCUACGGUCGAGAAGGUCACGUCAAGUAACAAGGGUGUGUUGGGGAAACCUGUAGAUGUGGACCAGUCGUCCGCGACGAGAGUUCCCGCUGCUACAUCUUGGUCAUCGCUAUUCACUCCUCCACCACCAUUGACGAAACCCCUUGGGCCGAUACCGCUCGGAAAACUAAACACUUUACGUCAAAAGGCGCAAGGCUUCCUUGAUAACCUCCCUCCCCUCAACCGUGCUUCGUCUUCUUCGGACGCUGCUUUCAUCUCUCAAAUCCUACAAUCGGGUACGCACCAGGACAAACUCUCAGCCUUGGUUCUUCUUGUCCGCGAAAGUCCUAUGCACGCCGUCAAGGAGCUCAACAGGUUGAGAAAUAUGGCCGGAUGGAAAGAGGAUGGUCUAGGAGGUGGAGGGAAUAAGGAUCAGAGGAUCGCUGUAUUGAAGGCUCUGGCAGAUUGGUGGAUUUCAGGAGGCGGAAAGGAAUCUGGUAAACUCAAGUAUUUCGCCGAUCAGCCACUGCUCGGUCAUCCUGAGAUCUCUGACCGCCAUCUGCUCCUCUUUGCCUUCGAGGAUUUCCUCAAGAAAUGGUUCUUCAGUCUUCUGCAAGUGCUCGAGGCGAGUCUUAUGCUCUCUCACGACACCUUGCCGUAUAUCCGGACGCAGGCUCUGCACAUCAUCUUCCAGCUUCUCGCUGGCAAUGCGGAGCAAGAGCAAAAUCUGCUUCGCCUAGGCGUUAACAAACUUGGAGACAUGGACCGCUCUGUCGCUUCUAAAACCUCACACCACAUUCUUCAGCUCUUGCAGGUCCAUCCAGCGAUGAAGGCGGUCGUUGCCCGGGAGGUCUCUUCUCUGAUUCUUAAGCCUUCUUCCGGACAAGAGCCGAUUAAGACUCAUAUACGAUUCGACGAUGAGAAAGGCAAGGCACCAGCGGCCAAGCAUGAGGGUACCAGUCAUGCCAGAUACUACGGGAUCAUCACCCUAAAUCAAAUUACCCUUACUUCGAAAGAUCAACAGACGGCUGCUCGAAUGGUCGAAUUGUACUUUGAGAUAUUCAGAGAGAUUCUUGGUGCAUCCGAACAAGCGGUCGGUGAGCAAGGACCUGCCGGGAUCGAAAAGGUUGCAGGCAAAGUCGAAAAGUGGAGAGGGCGACGAAAGGGAGCCAAGCCAAAGGGUGGACGGAAAAGUGCUCUGGAGGAAGAAGCUCUGGUCGAUGCUGGCGAGGCCAAGCUUGUAGCCGCAGUUCUGACAGGCAUCAAUCGAGCUCUACCUUAUGCCAAGUUGGACGAGGAUUUAUUGUCCAAAUACAUGGACACGCUGUUCAAGAUCACUCACAGAGGCACCUUCAAUACCUCUAUUCAGGCCCUCAAUCUCAUCUUCACCGUCUCUCGCACUCAAACAUCCGUCGUCGAUCGAUUUUACCGAACUUUGUACGACUCGCUUUUCGAUGAAAGAUUAGUGACUUCUUCAAAGCAGGCGAUGUACCUCAACCUGUUCUUCAAGGCCGUCAAGUCGGACUCGGAUCAAGCCAGGGCCAUGGCGUUCGUCAAAAGACUAUUGCAGAUGUUGGGUAUGCAGCAGCCUCCAUUCGUAUGCGGAGCGCUCUAUCUUCUGGGUGAUCUCUUCUCCACCGUUCCUGGACUCCGGCGCAUGCUAUCUGAGCCUGAAGACGAUGAAGUGGAACACUUCGUAGAUGCAGAUCGUCCGCAGGACGAUGUCACUGGUGCCCCUGCUCAAGCAUCCGGUUCACGAGCAUACGACGGUAAGAAACGUGAGCCACGAUUUGCAAAUGCAGAUGCCAGCUGUCUGUGGGAGCUUCUCCCUUUUCUUGAUCAUUUCCACCCUUCCAUCUCGCUGCAGGCAUCGCAACUCCUCAACUCGGAGCCGAUCACUGGAUCAUCUGAUAUCUCUCUUAAUACCCUGGUCUCAUUUUUGGAUAGAUUCGUCUAUCGGAAUCCUAAAAAGAAUCUACAACCAAAAGGGGCCAGCAUCAUGCAGCCCGCCGCCGCGUCUGACAAAUCUGGUUUGGUGGUUAAGAACAAAGGUGCUCGAAUCGGCGAUGCUGGUUUCGUCAAUUCGGAAGCAUUCUGGAGAAAGAAGAUUGAAGACGUUCCGGCGGAUCAAUUGUUCUUCCACCAAUUCUUUGCUUCCAAGUUGGCCAAGGCCGAGGGGUCAAGGGCAGCCAAGUCGGAGGGUAAGGAUGACGAGAGCGAGAUGGGAAGUGCUCUGGAUAGCGAUGCGGAGGAGGACGAAGUCUGGAAGGCCAUGCAAGCUUCCAUGCCAGGAGCAGACGACGGUAUGGAUCUCAGCGAUGACAGCAGCGAUAUUUUGGACGAUGAGUCUGCUUCGGUGGACGAAGUCAACGGAGCCGACGAAGACGAUGAGGACGAUGAGGACGCCGCUGUGGAAUUGGGCGACGACGAUUCAGAUGGUGACAUGGCCGAGGAUGAUGUGAACGAUUCUGAUUCGGACUCGCCGUUCCCCGACUUCGCCGAUGAGGAUGACGAUAUUAUCUCCGAUGACGAGAUGCCCAACAUCGAGCUCGAGGUCUCUCCGUCCCCUGAGCCAGAGGUAGAGGAGAGUAUGGCUGCAGGCAAGAGAAAGCGCAACAAGGAAAGAAGGGAACAGAAGAAGAAGAGAAAGGAGAUGCCUGUGUUUGGAAGCUAUGAGGAAUACGCCAAACUCAUCGAGCAGGAUGAUGAUCAAGAAGAAGAGAUUUGA